AUGACCUGUGCCCUCCUCUCCCGGCUGCUGCUGCUCCUGGCCCUGGCCGCCCCCUCCCAAGGCCACCACUUGGGCCCCAAGUCUCGCCUGCGCUAUUCCAGGUUCCUAGAUCCAGCCAAUGUCAUGUUCCUGCGCUGGGACUUUGACCUGGAGGCCGAGGUCAUCAUGUUUGAGCUGCAGGUCCAGACGGCUGGCUGGGUGGGCCUGGGUGUCACGAAUCGCUACACCAACGUGGGAGGCGAUCUGGUGGUUGGCGGGGUCUUGCCUGAUGGCAACGUCUAUUUCUCGGAUCAGCACCUGGUGGAUGAAGACACCCUGACGGCGGACGGGAGCCAGGAUGCCGAGCUGCAGGGGCUCACAGAAGAUGCUGUCUACACCACCAUGCGUUUCUCCCGGCCCUUCCGUUCCUGUGACCAUCAUGACCAGGAUAUCACGAGUGACACAGUGCGUGUGCUAGCUGCCUAUGGCCAGGAUGAUACCUUGAAGUUGGACCGGGAGCACAUCUUUGUCAAGUCCAUCUUCCUGCUACAGAUUAUCCACCCCGAUGAUCUUGAUGUCCCCGAGGACACCAUUAUCCAUGACCUGGAGAUCACUGACUUCCUCAUUCCAGAAGAUGACACCACCUACGCCUGCACCUUCCUCCCUCUGCCCAUCGUGAGUGAGAAGCACCACAUCUACAAGUUCGAGCCCAAGCUGGCCCACCACAAUGAGACCAUGGUGCACCACAUCCUGGUGUAUGCCUGCGGCAAUGCCAGCGCCCUCCCCACCGGCAUCAGCGACUGCUAUGGUGCUGACCCGGCCUUCUCGCUCUGCUCGCAGGUUGUCCUAGGCUGGGCCUUGGGCGGCACUAGCUACCAGUUCCCGGAUGAUGUAGGCAUAUCUAUCGGGACCUCCAUGGACCCCCAGUGGAUCCGGCUGGAGAUUCAUUACAGCAAUUUCUACAACCUCCCUGGCAUCUACGACUCCUCUGGGAUCCGCAUGUACUACACCCCGCGGCUGCGCAGACACGACAUGGGCGUCCUGCAGCUGGGCAUCUUCACCUUCCCCAUUCACUUCAUACCCCCAGGCGCCCAGUCCUUCAUAUCUUACGGGCUGUGCAAGACGGAGAAGUUCGAGGAGAUGAACGGGGCCCCGUUGCCCGACAUACAAGUGUAUGGCUACUUGCUCCACACCCACCUGACAGGCCGGGCUCUGCAGGCCGUGCAGUACAGAAAUGGUUCCCAGCUCCGAACCAUCUGUAAAGAUGACUCCUAUGACUUCAACCUGCAGGAGACUCGGGAUUUACCUGCUCGCGUGGAGAUCAAGCCUGGAGACGAGCUGCUGGUGGAGUGUCACUACCAGACGCUGGACCGAGACUUCUUGACUUUUGCGGGGCCCAGCACGGUCAAUGAAAUGUGCCUCAUCUUCCUUUUCUACUACCCCCGGAACAACAUCUCCAGCUGCAUGGGGUAUCCCGACAUCGUCUCUGUGGCCCGUGAGCUGGAGGAGGAGGUGUCUGACUCCAUGGAGGCCAUGAUGGCCAUGAACAAUGUCGAGUGGACCCCAGAGAACAUUAAGAAGGCAGAGAAAGCCUGCAAGGAGGCCGAGCAAACGGUGAUCAUAAAGACGAUUGACGAGGUGGUGGGGAACACCACAGGCUGGAUCCCCGACAUUGUCCCUAUUCCCCGGGGUCCCUGCUUGGAGUCCACCGGGGGCAAGGUGGAGCCCCACGACAAGAACCCUGUGGGCUUCAGGGCCAUCCCCCUGGCCCUCUCGGGUGCCAGCAUGGCUGCCCCCAGGAUCCUCCCCCUAGUCACCCUCCUGUUUGCACAGGGGACCCUCUUGUGGCUCUUAGCUUCCCUGCAGAGUAGAGACUGA